AUGCCACGGAAUAUCCCGCCGUUGCGUGUUCCGUGGCUGCCGCACGACCAGUUUCCAGCCACGAAAGCAGCGUGUAGCACUGCUGAUGGUCUCGUAUCGAGCAGCAAGAGCUCGCUUGUUAAAGUUGUCCACGAGCUCAAGCGGGGACGGGCAAAUGUGGACAAGCAAUUGUCGCAACUGGAUACGCAGCUCGUGGCUAUCUCGGACUAUCUCGAUGGGAAAAGGAGCACCAUGUUUCCGCCUAAUGUGAUCGUGUAUGUAGAGGACACGCAGGACGCUGUGGUGCCAUUGACUGGCGAAGGACGAAGACUGUGUGGAGCUGGUGCUGCUGCAGGGACAGAUCAGUUUAGUGGUGUCGUCGUGAACGGUGAUUCAGUGGUGCCAACACCUGCAGCAGUAGAAGACGAUCUUCAGUCGGAGACGCCGUGCACGACGACUGGACUGUGGAAGUAUUUGUAUGCGUACUCGUUCUUCAAGACGAUCACACCUGAAUACAUGGAUCAAGCGUUAUUGCUCGAAGAUUUGCACGCUUUUUUCGAAGACUUGGAACCACGUGAGGUCAGAAAAAGCGCGAUCUUGACGGGUCAGAACGCUCAUCAGCUACAGAGCAAUCUGAAUGGGAACAAGUCUACACCGCUUAAUCUUGACGGGUUCUUCAUGGAGAGACUUGUGGCUUCACUAUGUGUGGUAGAGGCACCCGCAUCGACGAACACGAGUCACGAAGCUUGCUCGUCUGAGCCGGAUGGUGAUGACAAACGCUUGUAUGAUGCUACAGCAAGUACACUGGACACGGAAACAACAAGGCAUCCAGUAGGCUUGACUGGUGUACAACCGCGCAGCCCUAAGGGUCUCACCCGAGUGCUGCGUCACGUCGGAUUGGUUGAGGGAAACGAGACCGAAAUUGCUCGCAUCAGUCUGUCCAAUCUGAUGGACGACGAAGUAUCGCAAGAGAUCCGCUCAUUGCAGCGUCAACUAGAAGCCUGCGUUAGAGAGACAAAUGAAACAAAGCGGAAGUUGUGGAGACUCAUGGACGAGACAAAGCCGUGGCUUUCGCAGAGAAGGGAGGAGGAGGAGACUACCAUAAAGGAGUAUAUCACUAUGUGGCGAACGAAGAAGGAGCUUGCACGGAAAAAGAAACGCCGAGAGAAGAAGCUUCAGCGGCGGCAAGCUUUUCGCCGCAACAACGGGGGCAACGGUAAGCUUCUGGUCAGCAAUAUCUACAUCGAGCAACGAUAG